AAACUCAAGCCCGGCUGAAAAACGUGACUUUCACCAUGAAUUUCAAGAUGUGGGGCGGAAAAAAAAAAAUCGCGCUCCCCAGGAAAAACGUGGCAAGGGAAAGGUUUUGCCAACUCUAUCCUCAUUCUUUAUUAUUAUGGGUAAUUCCACCAGUAAGAACACAGAUUACUCAAACCUUUCGUCAUCUCGCGUAGAGGACACCGUUCUGUGCGAAUAUGUUGAUCUUGCAGCCCAAUCCAUGGGUUCCACCAUUGUACGCGCUUCCGACGAAUUCUUUGGCGCUGCUGCCAACAUUUUAAAGCCUGAUGCCGUUAAACAUAACGAUGAUGACGAUACAGUGGCAGAUGGUGAAUUGGACGGAUGGCAGACAAAGCGUCAUAGCAACAGAGAUUGGGCCAUUAUCAGACUAGGUUGUGAAGGAACAAUUACUGGUUUUGAUAUUGAUACUACCAACUUCAGAGACAGCUCCCCUGUACAAGUUAAGGUAGAAGCUGCUGUAGCAUCCGAAGACCUUAAGGACGAUGACUUUGAUAAUUGGAAGUGGACCACCUUACUCCCCGACGUGGCAGUUAAGCCGGACACCCACAAUUUGUUCUUGAUUCGUGACACCGACGAACUAUACAGCCAUCUUCGUGUCACAAUUAUUCCUGAUGGUGGAAUUGCUCGUCUUCGCUGCUUUGGCAGCGUCAUCACUAAGGCUGCAGAAUCCAGCUCAGAACCCCUUGAUUUGGCAUUUAUUGGUAAUGGAGGUCACGUUGUUGCCUGCAGCGAUGCCCGUUACGGCAAGCGUCCAAAUAUUUUAAUGUCUGGUAUUGGCAACGGACCGUCUGAUGGAUGGGUCACUCAAAGAUCUCGCCUGAAGAACAGAAACGACUGGAUUGUAGUUCAAUUGGGUACAUCUGCCGUUUUGAAGGAGGCUGUUGUGGACACCACCUUUUUCAAGGGUAAUGCUCCUGAAGCUAUUGCCAUUGAUGGAUGUUACAGCAUGGAGAGCGAUCCCGAUCUUGAUGUCGGCGUUGAAUGGGUCCAACUUGUUGCCAAGCAAAGAAUCAACCCUAAUGAGAGACAGGCCUAUGCUAUUCCCAGCAACGAAAUCUUCACUCAUGUCAAGUUGACCGUCUUCCCUGAUGGUGGUGUUCAGCGUCUUCGCAUUAUCGGUACCCCUAAGAAGCUUCCCAACCCUACGGUGACCACUGAGAUUAUUCAGACCACCGAAGUCAUUGUCACUGAAGAUCUUGAAAAGCCUGAUGUCAAGGAAACCGCCAUUGUUGAAAAGGUGGAAACAAUCACAACCGUCGAGCGAGAUAUAUCUCCAAAGAAGAAGGUAUCUUCCAGCAUUAACAAGAAGUCUGCUACGACUGCAAAGUCGGUGUCCAAGAAGGGCAACAAACGUGAACUUGUGGUGGAGGCUGCUGAAGAGGAAGUUGUUAGCGUGACCAACAAGCGUCGUGGACCCUCCGCUGCCAGUGCCCGCAAAGCCCCCGCUGACACUACUGAAGAACCCAUGCUUGCUAAUGGAGAAACUGCAACUACCCCUCCUAACAAGCGUGUUAAGCGAAACUUAUGACUCUCUGCUAGCCCUCAGCGUGUUAAGUGCGUGCAAUGCGUACUCUCGGACAAAGGAAUUUGUUCUGAA